AUGGCUGUUCCCUUCAAGUCCGACAAACCCAUCACCGAUGCCUCUGAGCACCGCAUCCGCAUCACUUUGACGUCCCAAAAUGUGCCGGCUCUGGAGAAGGUGUGCGGCCAACUCAUCAAGGGCGCCAAGGACAAGGAGCUCGAUGUGAAGGGCCCAGUCCGCCUGCCAACUAAGACGAUGCGCAUUACCACCCGCAAGACCCCUUGCGGUGAAGGCUCAAAAACUUGGGAUCGUUAUCAAAUGCGGGUUCACAAGCGCCUAAUCAACUUGACCUCCCCCUCUGAGGUGCUCCGUCAAAUCACCUCCAUCUCGAUUGAGCCGGGAGUCGAUGUUGAAGUCACCAUUGCCGAUCAACAA